AUGGCUUCUGUUAAUGCGAACAAUGCCACCGUGAACAAUGUACCGCCGCCAUCUCAAACAACGCAGAAAGAUGAUAAAUCGAAUGGUCCUGUGAAUAAUAACAAUAAUAUCAGUGAAAGUAAUCAGAAGAUGAACAGUAAUCAGCAGCAGUCAUCUGGUGGAAAUGUUACCGAAAAGAAAGAAGGUGCAGCCACUCGCCAACACUCUCAAGCGGCAACAGUUAGUUUCAAGAAGCAAGAUACGACGAGUAUGAAGGCAACAGCAGCAGCGAAUGGACCGGUGGAUAGCAAUAGCACUAGCAAUAAGCGACGAGAUCAAGUGUCAUUCAAACGCAAUCAGAUUCAGUUCAGUCGUAACGCGCCCGUGGUGAUGAUGAGCAAUGCGAAUGGAAUCAAUCCACCGAAUGCUCCAAAUGCUUCGUCGCAUCAACGUAGCAGUGAAUCGUUGUCAACGACAAAGAAUAGAAGACGUACAAGUGGUCGAGAGCAGUAUCGUCGGAAUACGACGAGUAGUUCGGUGGUGAAUAAGAAAGGUGGUUCGGGUGGUGGGGAUAGGAGCAGUGAUAACAAACCGAGAUCAAGCUCGUCGAAUCAAGCGUUCGAUAAGGUAGUUGGAGCAGCCGGGGAUCGUGCAUCGUCGAAUGGAGCAUCAUCGAACAGGCGUAAUGCAUUAUUUUUAGCAAGGAACAAGCGUCGUAGUACAAAGGCUUCAACCACCUCGAUGACAUCCGAAGGAUAUGAAUAUGAUGACGAUUUUGAAUUGGACGAGCCGUUCAGUGAUUCGGACGACGAGCCACCGAGAGGUGUGAAGAAGUUGUCGUUGCCGAUUCCGCGUGGACGUAUUCGUACGCUGUCGGGAACGGUACCGGUGACUGGCUACAGUCCGAAAUGGGGUGGACCAACGAUGUGCUUGAGUUGUUUGCAUUUCUUCGAUUUACCCGACCAAAUUCCACUUUUCGCUGAACAUUUGCUCAGCGAACAUCACAUCGUUGUUGUUGAGAUGGACUUGAUCGUUGAUCCGAAACGGUACGUAGAGUAUUGGAGACAGCGUUUCGCAAAGGAGAGUGUCGAGAAGAUAUUUCCAAAGGUGGUGCCCGAGGAAGGGUCACCAUUCUUUGGCAAGACGGAUUACUAUUAUGAGCUGAGUGAAACGCUUCCAGAGGAUUACUCGCUAAGACAGAGGCUUGCGAUGAGACGUCUGGAAGAGGCUCUGUCAUGUCAACAACGUGAACGUGACGAUGCGAAUUUCUCACUGCAGUGCAUCUUCUGUCGUUACACGGCACGUGGCAAUCGUUCGAAGAUCAUUCACCACUUGUAUAUGAUACAUCACUUGAAUUUAGGAUCACCGGAUAAUCUUGGUUCGUUGNUAGAAUGGGCAGUGAUGCAGUUGAAUUUCAGUGUUUGUACAAGAAUACAUCGAACAUCUGAAGGAGAAACUCGGAAGAGAAGUUUCAGAAACGAGUGUAUUUACUGCGAGAAGACAUUCAGCGACCGCAUCACACUGAUGGAUCACAUGCGUAAACGAAACCAUCGUGAGGUGAACCCGAAGAACAAUUAUUAUGACAAGUUUUAUAUCAUCAACUAUUUGGAACUGGGAAAACGAUGGUUGGACGUGCUGGCUGAGGACUUCGAGGAUACAAUGCCGACAUUUGUCGAUUCUGAUGAGGAGGAGGAAGAGGAUUCGUGGCAUGAAUGGCAAGAGGAUAAUCUGGAUGAAGAGCAGACACGUGUGGUGUGUCUGUUCUGCGAGGAGAGCAAUGAUCAUGCCGCACCGUUGAUUGAACAUAUCAAGGAGAAGCACAAUUUCGAUAUAAUGGGCGAGAUUGAAAAGGAGAAAAUGAACACGUACGAACGCAUGAAGAUGAUCAAUUUCAUUCGUAAACAAAAUUACAAUGCGAAUUGUUUCGUGUGCGGCAAAACGGAUUUUGGUUCAUUGCAAGAGCUGAGGAAACAUCAGUCGGAUCGUGAACAUAUGGCAAAGGGAUUGCCCGAAAGGGCGAUUUGGGACACGGAGGAGAAUUUGGUGCCAAUCUUCGGAAACGAUCAUUUGUUGUGGAUGUUGGAAUCGUUGUUGGAAGCGGGUGAGUUCGACGAAAAUGAAGAGGAGGAGAAAGGAACUGAAGAUAAAACAUCGACAUCGAAAUCGGUGGACGAGUUGAAGAAGGAACUGCAGAAGGAGAGUGAAGAGAACACAGUGCAAGGGGUGAUCGCUGAGGAUUUGCCAGAGUUGUGCGGAAGUGCUCUGGCAGAUAUGGAACUGUACGAUUCGUUGAAGUAG